AUGGCAGAGCUCAAGAGCCACAUUGAUCAGAGCCAUAUGGCAAAGGUGAUUCUUCUCUGUCCUGUUCAAGGCUCGAGCGCGGUCGGGUGCGACUUCAUCGUCUGGCGCAAACCGGCAGCGACUUUCCUGCAGCUGUCGCGACCGCAGCCGUUCGUCGCGACGUGCGUGCGCGAAGAGGUGCCGCCGGUGAGCAUCGGCUUCGACGCGUUCGCGGCGCGGAUGGAACAGGAACUCGCGAGCCAGGACGGAGAGUCGGAAGAGGGGGGGAGCUAG